AUGACGGGGCAGAAUUGCAUGGCUUUCUGCAAGGAUUACCUCUAUUAUGGUCUGGGGGACGGCAGCGAGUGCUGGUGCGCUGAUACGUUUCAUGUCCCUGCUACCCUGGCUAGUAAUGAGCAUUGCCAGACCAAGUGCGGGGGCGAUACGACACAGACUUGUGGAGGGAGCUGGUAUUUGGCUAUCUUUUCAAAGUAA